AUGGGUGCCUCUAUCAGCUUGUGCGCUUGCACCACCUUCUUAUUCCUGGCUCCCAGCAACGUCCAAGACCGAUCGAGGCGCACAACGAAGAUCUUUAUCUGCAUGUCUUUUGAGUCGCGACCGUAG